UAGAGAACUAGAGACAUUAGUCCCCAUGCAUACAACCUUGAAAUUUAGAGUAUAGAUCAUCCAUCUAAUCAAGUGUCGCCGUUGUUAAUAAACUCCGAAAAAUUAUAACACAAAAUCGGAAUUGCUGUAGCAGACCACCCUUUGAUACUUAAAAUACCUUCUCAACUCUGAGAGAUACUCCAAAUAAAUGACAUUUCUUUAAUUUGCUAAGAAACUAUAUAUUAUUUCUAUUUAAUGUUGGGUUGUAUGUUACAUGACCAUACAUGUCUUUGACCUUACUCUAGAUCGACACUGCAUCUACAAACGAGGUGAAAUGUCCCACAAAGAACCAAGUGAUUGCCCCAUCUCCACUCCUACGCCUCCUUUCGCCAAAGAAAUCAAUUUGACUUCUUUCUCAUUUUGUCGUCAAAUUUCUUCUCCCUACGCUAACUUUCUUUUUCUUUUUUUCCAUGUAUGCUAUAAUCGAACCCAUUAUUAUUUAACCCUAGUUAACGUGGCAUCUGUUCCAUCGUAUAUACCUAAUCAAAACUAGACUUGACGUCCAAGCAACCUGUUCCAUUUCUGGAUUGCAACACUUUUCUCUCUCUCCUCCUCCUCUUCUUCUUCUUCUUCUUCUUCUUCUUCUUUUAUCUCUCUCUCUCUCUCUCUGCUUCUGUCCCUCUGGACAUAAAGAUGCUGAAUUAAACAAGCUAGAAGAGCAGGUUACAACUCGAGCAAGUAGAUGAAUACAAUAUAGCUGAAGAGAGUGCUCAUAAUUAUCCGAACGCGAUUUACAUAUCCUUCUGCGUUCUCCGAUAUCUUUAUUUUCUUUUUUCUAAACUCGGUGCAUGUUUCGUAAGAGUUGGGGAAAGCAGGACCAGUUGGAUAUUGUUGCUUUGGAUGAGAGAAUUGAAGAGAAAAGAAAUAGAUCAUGACAUGGUGCAACAACUCCGAUCAGGAGGGGAAAGCUCUUCAGAAUGUUGUUGGAGACGUCUCUAGAGGGAACUGCGUGGCCGAUGCUGAAGGCAGCGCCGUCCGGAUGGUAACGUGCCCUUCAUGUGGCCACACUAUUGAAUUGCAAGAUCAGGGCACAAUCCCUGAUUUGCCGGGCUUACCAUCUGGCGUGAAGUUUGAUCCGAACGACCAAGAAAUUCUCGAGCAUUUGGAGGCGAAAGCAGCGGCGGAUGUGCGUAAAGUUCAUCCUCUAAUCGACGAAUUCAUACCAACAUUAGAGGGUGAGAAUGGGAUCUGCUAUACUCAUCCCGAGAAGCUACCGGGAGUGAGCAAAGACGGUCAAAUCCGCCACUUCUUUCACCGGCCCUCGAAGGCCUACACGACCGGGAACAGGAAACGGAGGAAGGUGCAUGGCGAUGCGGAUGGCGGUGAGACGAGAUGGCACAAGACGGGCAAGACCCGCCCUGUCCUCGUUGGCGGGGCGGUGAGAGGGUUCAAGAAGAUCCUGGUGCUCUACACGAACUACGGGAGGCAACGGAAGCCCGAGAAGACGAACUGGGUGAUGCAUCAGUACCACCUUGGCGACAACGAGGAGGAGAAAGACGGCGAGCUGGUGAUGUCCAAGGUUUUCUACCAGACGCAGCCCAGGCAAUGCGGGUCGAGCGUUAGGGAUCUGUCCCUAGACAAGAGAUACGCGAAGGGUCAUCAGGCGUUGCAUGGCCCGAGCGUGGUCGAUUAUUACAGCUACGGUAACCCUAACUACAUGUCGAAUUACGACCAAGCGAGCCAAAACAGGGAAAGCCCACCGCAGUUGAUUCCGAAUUUGGUGGUACAAGGUGGCGGGUCUUCGUUCAUCCAGUUCACAGCGGACUCAAGCAAAGGGAAGCUUGUAAGAAACAGAGAUGGAGGUGGUGGUUGAUUAGUCAGCUCAAGAGUUUUUAUCAUUAUUGUUGCGUACCACCAACAAUAAGUUAUGUAUAUGCUUUUUCUGAUUUAUAUAGUUUAUUUUUUUGGUGAUAUUGACAAGGGAAGCGAAGAGGGAAUAAGAGGAAAUUGCUGCUUUUCAGGUCGCGGAAGGUCUGGGGAGGUUUUUCUGUAUUAAGAUAGGAAGUUGGAUGUGAAAAGUUUAACUUUUUUUGUUUUUGUUUGGUCCUAUCUAUUUUUCGCUGUUUUGAAUCUUUCACACGUAUUUGAUAGGAACACACAAUCGAGAGACUUGUGC